CACAUUAUUUCCAUGGCCAAAAGCUCUAGCAAGACUUAAAUUUAAAGGUGUCACCUAGCGGUCAUGAAGUGAAAAUUAUGAGAAAUCAAGAUUCAAAUUCUAGCAAACAUAAAAAGAUAGGUAAUCUUUUCCUAUUGUUUAAAUCUUAGUGAACAGAGUUACCUGAUACUUACGUUGGUUGAAGGUCACAGGUACCGAAUGGAAUAGUCCAAGUGCACACAAACUGGUAUGAACAUUACUAUUAUAAAAAAGAAAGAGUUGUUGUAAGAUUCAUAAAGAAAAUAACCUUGCAUUCUUUGUCACAUAUCCUAUUUAAAGCCUCCAUUAGAACCAUAUUUCUUUGUUAGAUUACAAUGGCUCUCUCUGUAUGCUACUCUUCUUUUCUGCCUUAUCUACUUCUUUUCGUCCUCUUGACUAGUGAGGCUAGCUCAACUAAUCACCACCAUCACCACCACCAUCACCAGCACCACCACCACAAUGAACUCAAAUCUAUCCAUUUUACUCUCUUUCAACAGGAAACCAUAAAUAAAACAGCAUAUGGUAUAGUGAAAGGUGUUGCAGGAGCGGCCAUUAGCCAAACCGCAACCCCUUUUGGCACCGUAUAUGUCUUCCAAGAUCCUCUAACUCUAAAAGCCAAUUCAAACUCAAAGAUAGUAGGGAUAGCUGAAGGAACAUCGAUAACAUCCUCAUUGGAUGGACUGCAGAGCAUCUCUAUUGCUAAAAUCACUUUGAAAAUGAAGCAUUACAAAGGCUCAAUAUCAGUUGUGGGAGGCACACACAAUACAAAGCCAUCUAACCAUCCUGUUGUUGGAGGCACUGGUGAUUUUCUGUUCGUUCAAGGUUACGUGACAUCUUCUCCGGUGGAUCUGGCUGGGAUGACUGUUACUUAUAAGAUCCAGUUUCACCUCUAUUGGCCUCCCUAUGCCAUUCCAAGUCAUUCCAUUUAAUGGAUUUAAGUCUAGAAUUCUACUUUUUUGCAACUAUAAGUUUUCUGCUGUUUAUCUCAGAAGCCUGUUAUUACUUCUCACUUGUUAUGUUCCUGCCUUUUAAAACCACAUGUUUAGUAAUAAUUUUGAAGAAUUAGGAAUAGAUGAAGCAGGCCAAGCAAGUGUUUACCCUAAAAAUACUUCAUCUGGAUGCCACAAUGUUGUGUUUAUCCUAAAAAUACCUGAUCUGGAUGCCACAAUAGUGUGUUUACCCUAAAAAUAACUCAUCUGGAUGCCACAAUGUUGUGAUUUAAUUUCUAGUAAAUCUAAUUCAUCAAAUUAUAUUUUUAAUUUCUAGUAAA